UGGACAGCCUGUGUGUGAUAUUGUCAAAAAUCUGUUAUCACGUCAAAGUCCAUACUCCUGAAUUGUUGUCAAAAAGAAUGCUUUUUGUGGCUUGAUUAUAACACGGACACAUGCUUAAUUAGUUCCUUCUUAUUAAUUCAGUGCGGCUUGGGUUAUAAUUGCAAUGUGAGCCGAAAAAGAGUCGACCUCCAAGCCCAACCCUUCUAAUCUCUCCAAAAAUCGUUACAAGACCUGUUAAUUACUGAAAUAAUUGGAAGAAAAACAGUGCGUAAGUGCAUUUUCCCCCCAUAGAACCGCAAUAAAUUCGCAACUAAACUGUUUGUUUAUAAGAAUGCAACCUUGCUACGCUUUUUCGUUAUCUCCUUUGUUUACAAUUAAUACUUCACUCACAAAAACCCAACGAAUGCAUAAUCAAUCCUAGAGUAUCAAGACAUUAUGAGAAGAUGAACCCAGAUGAAUAUGACUUUCGUCGAAAUAUCCCCAACAAAGAGCCCUCCAGCCAGGCCCUAGACUUCAUCCGGGGCCUCGAAGACAGGAGCCUCAACCACCUAAAGACAAACAUCAGAGCAAAAGCCAGCCGAGAAGUUUUCGCCGAAGAUGAACUGGUCAGAAAAAAAUGCUACGACGAAAUGCGCUGCGAGAUGCCAGGCCAACCCAGAUCCACAUUUCUCAUGGUCUUCAGCCCAGAUGGAACCAAAGUUGCCUCCACCCACGGCAACCACAACAUCUACGUCACGGAUAUCAAAAGCGGGAAAAACAUAAAGACUCUGACAGGACACCCGAGGACUCCGUGGUGCAUUGCCUUCCACCCAACCUCCAACCAAAUUGUGGCGUCUGGCUGCCUGGGAGGGGAAGUCAGGAUUUGGGAUCUGAGUGGAGGUAGCGAGGUCUGGACUGCCGGGAAUCAAUCCGUAAUUGCGUCAAUUGCGUUCCAUCCCAAUGACCGGAUUUUGGUCAUUGCGACAUACAAUGAACUGUACUUUUGGGACUGGAGCAUGCCGGAGCCGUUCGUCCAAGUGGCGACUGCCAAUCCCAAGGAAAAGAUUAGAUAUGUGGCGUUUGAUAAGUUGGGCCAUAAAUUGAUUACGGGGAUUGCGAACAGCCCCCAGACGAGGUGGGAACGGGUAAGGGCCCCUGUCCCUGUCCCGAGACAAGCAGAAAGGUCUGCUAGCCCCUACAGACUUAGAAUUACGCCAAGACUGGUCAACACACCUUCACCCCCAGAGAGGACUUAUUUUAAUGAGCAACCUAGCGUUGUUGAAAGCACUCGUGAGGUACUUUCCAGUGUUCCUGAACGAGAAAGACGCAUAACGGCAUCUUAUCGUAACCUUCUAAGAGAGUACGAACAAUUGGUCCAACGCUAUUUGAAAGUUUACAAACCUCCAACUAUGAUUGACCGGGGCACUGACCCCAUGGAACCCAACGCCACGAGUGCCACCAGCAGCACUCAAGCCCCCGAAUCCGAACCAAGCACUUCGGGAACGAACCCAACUGAAUCUCAACCUUCCACCUCCCAAAACUACAGUUCAUCCCUUGUCAUGCCAAGCCGUAUUUUAGCAAUGAAAAAACAACCAACUGAAGCUCACAGCACCCAAACUUCAGACUCGAGAAAACAUAAAUCGUCCGAAAAUACAGAGGAAUCGACUCAAGAAAAACGAAGUAAAUCAAGCGAUUCUGGCCCAAGUGGGUCGUCACAUACUGAAACAGCGACACAAACCCAAAGUCCCAGAAGACUGCUAGUGAUAAAUGAAAGGCCCCAACCCGAACCUUCAACAAGUGGGCUGCAGGACAAACCUGUUAGAAAUUCAGGAGUGCGGAUUUUGUGCCCGAAAAAACGCAAGUUACCAGAAGCUGGGGGCUCGUCUAGCGAGCCCCAGCCGAGCACAAGUCGGGGGAGCACUUCGGGGGAUAUUCUGCAAAAUAUUCGCCCCAUUGCCGAAGAAGUGCGGAAUCGGUUCUUGCCCAUUAUCAAGUCGCUCCCCGCCUGUGACCGACCGAAAUUAAUUCGACGUUUUGAGAACGGGCGGGCUCAUGAAAGACUGAAGUUGAGACAAAUGUGUCCAACUUUUUUGAAAAAGCCGAAUCGGAGGCCAGUCCUUGACACCUCUUCUGAUAGUAGUAGUUCUGACGACGAACGAGGUGGCACUUUACGUUCACGAAUGCCCAUAGAUCUCACAACAAAUACAACUAAUCAAAAUAGAAAUGCAACCAAUCAAAAUGAGCCUGAACCAGAAUGUGUUCAUACCGCCAGCAAUAGUAACCCUCCAAGCAACCCUUCACCUUCAAACUCAAACAAUUCAAACAUCAGUGGUGUCAGAAAUUUUAUAAUGGAGUUGGAACAAUUAUUAAUGACAGUGCUCCUGACCGAGAUUGAAAGUAACGAAAGCCAACAAAACUCGCCAUCUGCUAAUAAUAAUAAUAGUCCGAUAAAUUUAUCAAAUACGUCUCCGGUAACACGCAGUCAGGACGAACAAGCCGAUUCGAAUGUUAGGUCAUCACCGGUUUCAAUGUCGGCCAGUAGGGAUCAGGAUUUGAUUCGGCCAAAUGCUGUACCUUUGGCAUUCAGUACUUUUCGGAGAUUGAUCCAAAGACAGGAGAAUCAAGAGUCGGAAUCCAGAACUCCCACUUCGAAUUCAGACGAGCCUUCGCGCUCCAGUCCCGGAAGCAGUAACGGGAUUCAUUCAAGGACAAGUUCCCCAAUUUAUAACAGGACUUAUCCCAGGCGGAGGCUGCCAGCGCACCGCAUUUCUGCGUUCAUGCCAACGCGGGUUAACUAUAAUCGAAUUCCGAUGAGAUACAGGAGGGGCUCCUCCUUCAGAUUAGCAAACAGAUUAUCGGUCAAUAGCACGUUCCCGAUCGACGAACUCAUAAACUACUCUGAGCGUCCGAACGCCGAAGACAACGUCCCGCAAGACAACCUCCCCGAAAGCAGCCCUCUUGAGCCCCCAACUGAGCCUUCCCCCUUCGUCAACCUGGGCAACAUGUACUCAAACAUCGUCCAAGAUCUCGAAUCUAGCUUAAAUGACGUCAGAAACAUCCGUUCGAGCACACGUCCGAGCGAAACCUCCGACAUGUUGAGCAGUUUUUCCGAAAGUCUCGAGAAUAUAAUGAACCAAUCGGAUACGAUUUUGCGAAACUUGGGCGGCUCAAUGUCAAUGUUACCGAACUAUUCCGAACAAAACGAAACACGCCGACGUGAAACAACCGAACCGAGAGCCACUUUCAACGACCAGAAUUUCUACAUUCGGAGCAAUUCGCCACAAGAGGCCUCCACUAGCACCGGAGAGAGAAAUCUAAGCGAGGUGUUGGCAGGUGGCCGAAGUGUGGUCGAGUCCGAUCACAACUACCCGAGAAAUCCGGGGAAUAACCAAGGGCCCAGUUCCGGUGAAAAUAUGUCGCCGUUGAUGACGUCCCUACAUUUAACCAUUUCGUACAUACAGAGGCAAGCACGGCUUUUGAGACACCAAGUCGAGAGUAUCGAACGCAUCGAUCGGACGAUGUUUGAAGUCGAACAAUUGCAAUUAAUCAGACAAUUGAUCACCGAAUUUUUGCGCUAUGUCAGAUCUCUAGCCGGUGAGAGUCGUAGCACGGGCAUGUCAAGCGUGCGCCAAAUGAUGGCCGGGACUAGAAUCAGCGAUUCGAGUCCUUACGACUCCCAGUCAGAGGAGCGGCCCCAACAGCCCCCCCAACCCACUCCCAGUUCGAGCACCUCAACCGAUCAAAGCCAGCCGCGACCGAGGACUUCAGGCCGAAAAACCUACCCACCUUCGCGCCUUUUCCGCCUACAACGCCACAAUCGGCGCUCCUUAUUCGUCAACAUCUUCCCACGAAGAUACACGGGACGGCCCGAACGCGGCGCCAAACACACCGGACCUUGUCGCAACGCCCCCUCUCGUACACCUGAAGCGACAAAUCCACUACGACAUUUAUCAAGUCACUUAUUAAUCAAUUCCUCGAGUUUGAAUAUUAUGGCGCGCCGACUUGAACAUUUCCUAACCGAACAAACCCGACUCAUUACGCGGCCACAAGAGAGUGGCUCUGGGUCAAUUCGCUCGACUGCAGCGACCGAAUUGGGCGAAAGAAUUUUAUCGAUUCGGUUAUACGACUGUGUUAUGCGAAUGAACAGGAUUAUGGGUUUUGAUAGUAGUCGGUUUCGGAACUCGAGGAGUGACCUAGUUGUGGUGACACAAGAUGGGGCGUCCAGAUUCCCAGCUCGUCACUUCCUCAGUCUGAUUGUUGAUGCGAUGAGUAAACAUUUGGAGGAGUUGGCGGGGUCGAAUAUAUCGCAAAGUUUGCGCGGGCAGAUACAUAGUGUAUUGGCAAUGGCGCUUUUACUGUCCGACCUUUUGCUUCUACAGUUGGUUGAUUCAAUCCCGCCACCUGCCGGGAUGAACUUAGACGUGGAACGGGAAUCUUUAACGUCACGCAUCGAUCAAAUGUGCGGCCAAAUGUUGCAAAAUCGCUUCAGUGGACAUUCGCAUCAAUUGACACGGAGUUUGCAACACAUGAGAUUGAAUAUGAGGCGGGCGUAUCGAGCUUUGGGACAAACUUACAACGCUCGGAGGAACGCAAUGUUACCGAAUAGACCCGAUACGAACCGAAGACAAUUAUUAAAUAGAUACUUGAGGAAUAUCAAUUUGAGACGCCACCAAAAUUCCACAUCAAGCGACACAAGCGCGAAUGUGGCCCCUUCUGCACCGGCCGAGUCAGAGAAUGUCACUCGUGGCUGGAGCAGCUUACGCGAUUUAAUAAUGCGUUAUUCGGACAAUACGGGCGAGGAUGAGGACGUGACAAGCUCUAACUCGAAUCAGGACUCUCAAGAGCGUACGCAAAGAUUUGAGACAGUUUCUAGUAACAAUAGUGACGACAACGACGAUGAGUCGGAGUGGUACGUCAAUAACAACAACCGCAGUACCAACCUCUACCGCACAAACAAUGUUAACUUGGUCCAUAACAAUCCGGAAGAGUCGAACCCUUCUCGGCCCUGGAACGUUCCCUCCGUGCAAGUUAACGACGUUCCGGUCCCGAUUGCGGAACAACCUUCACUGUUCCAGCAGCGAAUUAUGACGCACCGGCAGAGACUGGCCGAGAGAGUUUCAGAGCUGCGGACGUUUCCGCAAAUGGGCGGCUUGAGGCCGAGGUUUUUGCACCCGCUUUACGCCAGCGUUAAUCCGUUUGAUGCCGAUCUGGAUGAUCCACAAAGAGAGACUAAUAAUUACGACUGUGAUAUGAUAACGACUGUUACGCCGAAUCAUCGGAUCCAAAUGUGGGAUAUCUCGUCCGGAAAUAUUCCAGUCAUCAAUAAUCCACUGAAAAACCUAAUUGUGAGCGAAUGUAAGAUCCAUAACGACGCUAGUGUGGAUAUUGCGAAAGACGGGACCAUUUUAGUGACCUUAUUGCCAUCGGGUGGUUACUUGAACGUAACGAACAAACUUGGAGUCUAUAGUUUGAGGUGGGACACGUUGGGUCAGUGCUUGUACACUACCAGUUUUGAACAAAACGCGGUUUCGGUGGCGCUGUCGCCGCUAAGUCGGCAUUUGGUUGUUGGGCUGGCGUCUAGAAGAGUGUCCAUUGUUCCCAGUGAUAGGUGGACGAUGGCACGGAUUUUUAUUAUCGAACAGAAGAAUGCUCCCGGGGAUAGGUUGCCCGUUUUAAGGGAGUUGGGGCAAAAUAGGGACAGUAGGGCCAAUUACAAAAGCGUUAAUUGUAUUAGGUGGCUCCCGACGUCUGGCCAAGGACUCAUUUAUGCCACAAAUACUGGACAGUUGGUAAUUUUAACAUAAGUUACGGAACACUAAUCAGAGUGAGACUGCUAGAUAAUUUGCUUGGUAUUUAUUUGAAUGAAUUAGUUUUGUUAGUGAAAACAUUGAGCCUUGAAGUAUUAAGCGAUGUAAGAUUUGAAUUGUUUACUCAUUUUUUAUUAUUAUGCUCAACCGAAAUAUCUCACUCUGUGUAAGAAAGAUUAUUUUUAUAAUACGUUCAUAUAACGCACCUACUGGUAGAUUUUGAAAUAAAAUUUUGUUUAGCUUUGUAAAACUAAACAAUAGGUGUAUAUGCAAAUUCAUUAAGAUCUUAGCUACUCGUUUUUUGUGACUGCGACCACAUAACUUUCAUUGUUUUAACACACUUACGGUGAUAUUUAUUUCUAGUUCAUGUUAAGCAAAAUAAUUAACCUUAAUCAGACUUGUACAUGUAUUCUGUUCUGAUACACGCAUUAACAAUUAUUUGUUUUUUAUUCGGUAUCUCUAGUAGAUUAAGAUUUGAAGUAUGAUUUUGAAAUAGGUAAUAAUACUGUCUUAUUUGGUAUUAUUUUUUAUUCUUCCAUAUGAUAAAGUUUGCACGCAAGUGUUGUCUUUGUACAUAUUGUAAUGUUGGUAAUUAAGUACGUUUUUAAGAAAUAAAAAUAGAAACGAAA